AUGUCAUCAAAAUCGAAAAAAGAUAUGGAAGAAGUAACGGAUAAAAUUUCCGACAUGUCAGUCGAGGAUCCAGAGCAUGCUGUUGACAUAAAAGUCGAAAACUUCAGUAUUGCUGCUAAAGGAAAACAAUUGUUCACUGAUGCUACUCUAUCGAUAGCUCAGGGUAGACGUUAUGGUCUCGUCGGUCCUAAUGGACAUGGAAAGACAACACUACUACGUCAUAUAGCAAAUAGAGCAUUCAAUAUACCACCAAAUAUCGAUGUACUCUAUUGUGAACAAGAAGUUGUCGCUGAUGACACACCAGCUGUUCAAGUUGUACUUAAUGCUGAUAUUAAAUGCAAAGAAUUACAAAAUGAAUGUCAGAAAUUAGAGCUACAAGCUGAAUCUAAUAGCGACGAAGCCAUCCAAGCACGAUUACAAGAGUUGUGCGAUACUUGUAAUAAACCACUGGUCAAUGAAAAUAAUUUACGAACAUCCCGCAUACGUACAUGUUUAUAUAUUUCAACUGGUGUUACUGUUGGUGGUUUAAUUGGUUCUACAGUAUUGCCGUUCGUUGGUUUUGGAUCUGCUGGAGUAACGGCUGGCUCAGUUGCAGCAGGAUGGCAAACACCAACCAUAGCCGCUGGAUCAUUAUUUGCAAAAUUACAAUCUUUGGGUGCAACUGGUGCAGGAGAUUUGCUUUUCGGGGUUUCUGGUAGUAUUAUUAAUGGAUUUGGCGCACGCUACUUUACUGCAACUGAUUGGUGUUCUUGUCCUGAAAAUAACAAUUAA